GCUGGCUAUCAUUCGUCCAAGCAGAGCCAGCCGGUGCAAUCGUGGCAGUGGCGGAGUGGAGCAAGCGACUUCUGUAUGUAAAUUAACAUUUCAAACGCGAUAUUGUCACCUGAGUAUUGUAGAAAAUACUCCGCAACUGAUGUCUCCAUCUUUACGAGGAAACUGAUGCGAGCGAGAAAGAAUCGUUGGUUUCGCUAUCGUUUUAUAUCGUGCUGUUUCUUACUACGAGAGUGCCUCAUCAUCGCCGCCUCUUGACCAUGCUGAGUGUGUGUACAGUCCUCCUGGUGGUUGCUGCUGCAGCCCUCUCCUCUGCAGACUCCGAUACGCACAGACACGACUCCAACCUGGAGAUCUACAAGCGUCUGUUUGAGACCAAGAGGAAGGACCAGCUAAAUGCUCUGAAGAACCUGGUGGAGCUCAAUGACAUCAACCAGCAGUAUAAGAUCAUAGACAUCAUGCUGAAGGGCCUGUUUAAGGUGUUGGAGGACUCGAAGGCCGUCCUUAUUGCAGCCAACAUGCAGGCUGAUGAUCCCUUCCCCAUGGAUGACAAAAUCAAAGAAGCCUACUCCCAUGUGGUGGAGAACACAGCGUUCUUUGGGGAUGUAGCGUUGCGUUUCCCACGUAUUGUCCACCACUACUACGACCGUAACCCUGACUGGGGCGGCCUUCUGCGAUGGGGGCUCCGCUUCUGCAACCUCACUGGGGUGUUCACCGGGGGCGCACACCAGCAUGUUCUCUCACUGAUGUCGCAGGAGUUGGGAAUAAUAGAGAAAUCCCCAGACUUCACCAACCCAUACCGCACUGAGAGAGACGACGUGCUUCACACUGCAGAGGCUUUUCAGAAGAUCCUGAGGGAGGAGGAGAAGAGGAGAAGGAAAGAGGACAAGAGGAAAGAGAUUAGGAAGGGGCCCCGCAUCUCCCGCUCCCGUACUGAGCUAUAGUACUUUACCUAAACUCUUGGAAAGAAAUGAAGAGGAGAAGGAAAAUGUAGGGGGAUGUCCUGAGUCCUAGAUUCAGUGAUGAAGAGGUUGGGUGUUGGAACCGGUGAGUUCUGUCAAAGGGAAAAAGUGGCAGCAGAGAAUUUGAGAGGGAACUAGAAGUGUUUGUGGCACAGGAACAAACUGGAGAGAAGGAAAGGAGGUUGAGCUCUAUCUGUGGAAUCAGACUUACUGUAUACAGUUCUGUGCCCAACCUGCAGUUAUUAUGAAACAAAGAAAAUACAGCUAGCACUAUGUUGAAGAUUUAAUAAGGAAAGCUCAUUUUCAUAACUAGAUUACAUAACUGUACUUUGGAAGAAACAGCAAAUACCCAAUAUGUUAUGUUUUUUGUGAAUAGAUUGAAUACAAUUUACUACCGUAUAAUUGUUUUGAUGAUGGCAUUUGUACGUAUGAGUUUACAUUCCCAUUCAACAAGCUUUAAAAUAUAAAGCUUGAAUAUGUUAAAUUCUGUUUUGUGUUUAAGUUUCCCUGUCGCCUUCUCCAGAGUUAUCAGAUUUAUAUAAUGAGAUUUUAUGAGUUUGUUGUUGAAUGGUCCUACUGUAGGUGUAUCCUCUUAAUUUGCGGUACAAGUGUUGAUCGUGAGCGCAGAACCAUUUUUCAUGAUGUCUGCCACUUGCUCUCCUAGAGCCGAAUGCUUUCUUAGCUCUGUCUGUGUGUGACUGUCCGCAUGAGUGUUAAAUGGGGUUUGGUCACUUUUAUGAUUUUAAUUAAACUGUUUUACAUAUUA